AUGAUUAUGAAUAGUGAUGAACUUGCACUUGCUUUAUGGAAAAAAUUUAGAAAUCUUAGUAUUGAAAAAUACAAACAGACCUAUGCACGUUUGAAUAUAGAUUUCGAUAUUUACUCUGGUGAAUCUCAAGUGAAAAAUGAGAGCAUAACACAGGCAUUAUCUGCCAUGAAAGAAAAAAAUAUUCUUGAAGAAUCAGACGGAGCACUUAUUGCUGAUCUAAAAAAAUACAAGUCAGAUAUUGCAUUGAUACAGAAGAAUGAUGGUACUACUCUGUAUAUUACCAGGGAUAUUGGUGCUGCAAUUGAACGUUAUGAAAAAUACAAAUUUGAUGUAAUGUAUUAUGUUGUAGCAUCUCAACAAGAUUUACAUUUUAAACAACUUUUCAAACUAUUGGAAUUGAUAGGAGUUGAAUGGGCUAAUAAGUGUAGACAUAUAAAUUUUGGUAUAAUUAAUGGAAUGAGUACUCGUAAAGGCACUGCUGUAUUUUUGGAUGAAAUACUAAAUCAAACCAAAGAAAGCAUGCAUGAGGUGAUGAAACAAAAUGAGAAUAAAUAUUCACAAAUUGAUGAACCUGAUAAAGUAGCUGAUGUAAUUGGUAUCUCUGCUGUAAUGAUACAAGAUAUGUCAGCUAAAAGAAUUCGUAAUUACUCGUUUGAUUGGAGUCGUAUGUUUUCAUUUGAAGGUGAUACUGGACCUUAUCUUCAAUAUGCUCACGCUCGACUUUGUUCAAUUGAACGAAAUUGCGGCCUAACAGUAAAUCCUUCAGCCAACAUUGAUCUUCUAUCAGAAGAAAUAGCGUCAGUUCUUAUGGAAAUGGUUGCACAAUAUCCCGAUGUAGUUAAGAGUGCUUUACAUACAUUAGAACCUUGUACAGUUGUGACAUAUGCUAUGAAGUUAAGUCACACGGUAUCAAUGGCUUUAGAAAGUUUAUGGGUUGUUGGAAAAGAACAUGAAUUAGCAGAGGCUAGGUUAUUAAUGUAUUGGGCAACUAGAAUAACGCUUGGAAACGCACUUAAAUUACUUGGUUUGAAACCUUUGGAAAGAAUGUAA